ACUACACUUUGUCAUAUCAUUUGAAUUUUCCCGCACAUUCAAAAGAUGUAUCUUCAGUAAAAAGAUUUUAUUGCGUACCAUUCUUUGAAAAGAUAUAGCUAUUGAACAUAGACGUAAAAAUUUAUUAAUUGGGUUCACUGGGAAACUUCAGAUUCGAGUAAUCAAAUUCCAAUCUGUGCUCAUUCGAAUCGGACGCGUUGCGGACUUUAACACUUUUGAAGUUUUCGUUUAGUGCAAAAUAGGAAUAUAUUCAAAAAUUGCUUGAAUUAUCUACAGCAAUAACUUUUACGUGUGGAAUUAUGGAUUUACAAACAGAUGAUGAGUCUUUACCAUCAGCCCGUAAUGUGUAUAUCUAUGAUUCAAUGAAUCUUGACACAUUGAUGAUGGGAGAAGAUUUUCAAGCUUUUAAUAACUUUAUUGGAUUAAUUGAUCCGGAAGAUAACAAUUCAGAUGACAUGAAUGGUUUUGCUGAUGUUGACACAUCUACUAAUACGAAUGAUUCUGAUGCUGUUGGUGGGUAUGACCUCAUCAGAGGUGCCAAUAAUUUUCAGGGCGUUUACAAUGUUGCCGAGAGUUCUACUAGUCUUCAGAGUUCUUAUGGCAGUAACUUGUCCAUGUCAUCUUUAUUUGAUUUAUAUUCAGAAAUGUCGGAAAACUUGCCUUAUCGUCGCCCUGGUGAUAAAAAUAAUAUUUUUUUAUCAAUAUUCAACUGGACAAGUUUAUUUGUACGCAUUGGAUUUUUGUCACUGGCAUUGUUUUGGGGAUAUAACAAAAUUAAACAAAGAACUUUAACUUCUAAGUGGAUCAAUAUAUUUGGGAUUCCCAGUGCUUGCAAAAAGCUAAUGUUUUCAUAAGUAACAUCAUUUUUUAUAACAAAAUCAAG